AUGAAUUACAUUAAUAAAAUAAUUAAUUUGGAAAGUUAUGAAAAUGAUAAAAUUCCUAAUUCAAAAUUUAUCCAUUCAUAUCGUAUGCCUUUUGAAGAUUUUCUUGAUGAAAAAUAUAUAUCUGAAUUAGUUUCUAAAUAUUGGAUAUUAACAAUACCCCUGGCAAUUUUAUAUUUAUUUGGUAUUUUUAUAUUAAAAUCAUUUAUGAAAGAUAGAAAACCAUAUAAAUUAACAUGGAUACAACCUUUUUGGAAUGGAAUAUUGGCAAUAUUUUCAUUUAUUGGUUUAAUUAGAAUAUCUGAAGAAAUGUUUUUUGUCAUUAAAGAUGAAGCCUACUGGUAUUUCUUUUUUGCCUUCUCAAAAUUUAUUGAAUUAGGUGAUACUAUAAUAUUAGUAUUAAAAAAAAAAAAAUUAACAUUAUUACAUUGUUAUCAUCAUGCCAUUGUCCUCAUCUAUACAUGGCAAUCAGGGGCAGAACAAAUUGGUGCUGGAAGGUGGUUUAUAUGGAUGAAUUUUUUGGCACACUCAUUAAUGUAUACAUACUUCACAACAAUGUCAUUUAAUAUAAAAUUAUUAAAAAAAUAUGCUUGUUACAUAACAUCUAUCCAAAUACUUCAAAUGUUUGUUGGAAUGAUCAUAUCAUUAAAUGCAUUUUAUGCAUGGUGA